AUGUCUAUACAUCCGUCGCGGCAGGCGUACGUGGAGGAAGAGUCACAGCAGCAACAGUCCAACGAGUCUGCAGCCCUCGACACCAACUACCAAUUACCUUCCUCUGGCGGCGGACCUUCUCAAAAUGCAGCGAUUGUAUUCGACGAGUUUGCGCGAAAGCGAAGAGCUGCGGCACUGGCUGUACCGACGGACGAUCUACGAGUAAGGACGGAGCUGAGAGCACGCGGCGAACCCAUCACAUUAUUCGGCGAGCGAAAAGAGGACAGACGAGACCGGUUACGAGAGCUAUUGAUGGGAGAGAAGGAUGGCGGUGAUGGACAGCGCGAGGACGAGUCUAUGGCUGAUGCCGACGAGUCUGAUGACGACGACGAGGAGGGUGAAUUCUACAUUGAGGGCAGUCAAGCAUUGUUGACCGCGAGGAAGGACAUCGCACGAUAUUCGCUUCCACGGACAGCGAAGCGCGUUGCACAUCAGAAAGCCGAGAGUCAGAUACCCGUGGCCACACAUGUCAAACAUCGGAAAGCUAUCAAACAGAAGCUGGGAGAGGUCGAGCUGUUCGGCAGUCAGAUUGCAAGUGAACGGCCGCUGAGCAUUGUGCGAUUCGCGCCAAACGGAGAGAUGCUGGCUUGUGGAGAUUGGGGAGGAAGCGUGAAAUUACUGGAUGUCCCGAAUUUGGAAACGAAGAUGACACUGCGAGGGCACAAGGGCAUGAUCGGAGGCAUCACAUGGAUGCCAACAGCUACAUUGCCUUCAUCGACUGUUGCGCCGGAACAUCUAAAUUUGGCAUCGUCCGCUGCCGAUGGCGAGAUUCAUCUCUGGUCGCUGACACAAGACACUCCUAUCGCGACUCUCAGCGGACAUAGCGCUCGCGUCUGUCGAACGGAAUUUCAUCCUUCAGGGAAGUAUCUGGCAAGUGCGAGCUACGACACAACCUGGAGGUUAUGGGAUGUUAACACUACGACCGAACUGUUACUUCAGGAAGGCCACAGCAAAGAAGUGUACACCGUCAGCUUCAACGAGGAUGGAAGCCUGGUUGCCUCGGCGGGGCUCGAUUCGAUUGGCAGAAUCUGGGAUAUACGGACGGGACGAACGGCCAUGCUACUUGAGAGUCACAUUCAGCCCAUCCAUGCCCUUGAUUGGAGUAGCGAUGGGUACCGGGUGAUGACCGGUAGUGCAGAUGGUUUCGCGAAAUGCUGGGAUCUCCGAGCUGUUCGGGAGACAGCCAGCAUCGGAGCUCACGUCGGUGGAGUAUCUGACCUUAGGUGGUUCAAGGGCAUGGACGGUCCUCUUUCUAGCAAUGCGUCUCAAGCCGACACCAAGAUGACGAAUGGCGACUCGGAGCAUGAGGAGAUGCAGCCGAAAACGAGUGGCACUUUCAUCGUGAGCGCUGGCUUUGACAAGGCAGUCAACAUUUUCUCUGCUGAUGACUGGGCUCUGUGCAAGUCCCUAACCGGGCACGACGGAACUGUGCUAGCGGUGGAUACGACGGCAGAUUCGAAAUGGAUCGCUUCAUGUGGGCGUGAUCGAACGGUCAAGCUCUGGGCGAGAGACGACAUGGAAGGACUCUAG